CGCACGCUGACGACGACACACCCACGAAACAGCCGCCGUCAUGUUGGCUCUAAUAACUAAAUGUCUCACUACUUUACGUCCGCCAGUUUCUUCGAGGACGACGCUGACUGUCCGCCGGUUGUCCCGGUGUCACCCCGGUCGUUCAGCGCUGUCCAGUGUCCGUCGACCACACACCGCCACGGGGCUUCUCUCUCGUGCUGUGUCACCUGUCCACAGGUGGGAAGCUCGUGGUUGCAGUCACGGAGGAUGCUCACCUUCCCCGGGUGUCAGGAGUGAAGCUAUCGGACAGAUUCAGUCCAAACACUAUCAGCUCGUGUACACGUGCAAGGUUUGCUCCACCAGGUCCACGCAGAAGAUAUCCAAGCUGGCUUAUCACAAAGGCGUUGUGAUAGUGACCUGUCCAGGCUGUGAGAAUCACCACAUCAUCGCCGAUAACCUCAGCUGGUUCUCUGACCUGGAGGGAAAGAGAAACAUUGAGGAAAUCCUUGCUGCCAAAGGAGAGACUGUGAAGAGGGUUGAAGGGAGUGCUGCUCUGGAGAUAGUGCUGGAGGAAUCCGGCAAGGACAAGUCACAGUGUGGUGAAGAGACAGAGAAAUCCGGCAAUGACCCAGAAAAACAAUGAGGCUUUGUUAAAUACUGUAUAUGUGUUUUUGUGAGAUGUAUAUAUUUAAUUUCUUAAUAAACAUGCUUUUGAUUGCUACUGUA